GGUGUGACGGUACACAGCGAGGUUUCCUAUGCGGUGAUGGCGGGGGUUGAUCCACGUUUGCACGGAGGUUUAGUGCACGUGGAUCUGCUGCCCGGGACGGUUAUCAGGCCACUCUGAAGGGCUGGAUGCUGGCUGCAGCUGGUCACCCGGCAUUUUCCAGAGACGCUCGGCGUUUUCUCCGUGAGAGUUGUCAGUAGGCUGGUAGAGACGCCCUGGAAGUCCACGGGGUAAGAAAAAGAGAAGGGAAGGGAAGAGAGAGAGAGAGACAGAGAGAGAGAGAGAGAGAAGCAGCCGCUCCGACGAGUCGUGCCGAGCCGUGUAGCCGAUUGCGGCGUCCACGAAACCUCCACACGCACACACAGAGACACACACAGAGAGAGAGAGAGAGAGAGAGAGAGAGAGAGAGAGAGAGAGAGAGAGAGAGAGAGAGAGAGAGGGUUUGGGAACCAGCCGGCCCGUUGAGCCGUGCAGCCGAUUGCGACGUGCACUAAACCUCCACAGAGAGAGAGAGAGAGAGAGAGAGAGAGAGAGAGAGAGAGAGGGUUUGUGAACCAGGCGCCCCGUCGGGCCGUGCAGCCGAUUGCGACGUGCACUAAACCUCCACACACACACACACACACACACACACACACACAGAGAGAGAGAGAGAGAGAGAGAGAGAGAGAGAGAGAGAGAGAGAGAGAGAGAGAGAGAGAGAGAGAGAGAGAGACGGGUUCGUCGUCUGAUUGAUUGGAUGCGAUGGCGGCCUUGACUUCGAGUGCCUCGGCGGUGUCGUCUGCACAGUUAUCGGAAGGAAUCCGUCUCGGGGGAGGUGCCCAUGGCAGGAACUCGAUUGCCAGCUGGAAAUUGGCUAUGCAUAUCCCUUCUACCCCCGCGUUCUGCUUCUCUUCUUCACACGCAAUCAAUGGAUUGCGAUUACGUGAGUAUGUGGGUCUUCGUGUAGCCAUGGCGGAUGGACUGGAGGCAUCGGCCCGGCCGACCUUGCUUGAGCGCGAGAAGAGUGCGUGUGCUUUCCGUGUUCAUCAGGAGCUUACACCCCAGGGAAAUGAGAAGACGAAGACGAAGACGGUGAGGACGAAUGCCUCUAUGGGAGUGGAUGUGGCGCCGCCUACCUCCUUCUCCAUGGCUGCUACUAGCGCAGUGGCAGAUGGAUCGGCGCGGAAGGAGGCCAUGGCUUACUCGACCUCAGUGCGGCGAACCGAGGAAGUGGUCAAGAUGCCGAGUUCCACUACGAGGGACACGGGAGAGGGAGGGAGUCAGUUGUCAACCGUGUCCAUCACUGUUGUCGGAGCAUCUGGCGACCUUGCCAAGAAGAAAAUAUUUCCUGCCCUCUUUGCACUCUAUUAUGAAGGUCAUUUGCCUGAGCAUUUCACUAUUUUUGGAUUUGCCAGGAGUAAAAUGACGAACGAGGAGCUGAGGACAACAAUUAGUAGCACUCUGACCUGCAGAAUUGAUCAGAGGGAGAACUGUGCAGAUAAGAUCGACAAGUUUUUGCAGAGAUGUUUCUAUCAUUCUGGUCAGUACAAUUCCGAAGACAGUUUUCGCCAGCUGGAUAUUAAGCUCAAGGACCAAGAGGCAGGAAGAGUUGCCAGCCGCCUAUUUUAUCUCUCCAUCCCACCAAAUCUUUUUGUUGAUGUCGCAAGAAGUGCAAGUAGAGGAGCGUCAGCAACUCAGGGAUGGACUCGUGUUAUUGUGGAGAAGCCAUUUGGCCGCGAUGCGGAUUCGUCUGCGGAGUUGACGAAUGGAUUAGCGCAGUAUUUGUCAGAGGAACAGAUUUAUAGAAUCGACCACUACUUGGGGAAGGAAUUGGUGGAGAAUCUCUCUGUUUUGCGGUUCUCGAAUCUUGUCUUUGAGCCGCUAUGGUCGAGGCAGUACAUUCGGAAUGUGCAGGUCAUAUUUUCUGAAGAUUUUGGCACGGAGGGAAGAGGAGGUUAUUUUGACAAUUACGGAAUAAUCAGGGACAUAAUGCAGAACCAUCUUCUGCAGAUGGUGGCGUUGUUCGGCAUGGAGGCUCCAGUCACUCUAGAUGCUGAAGAUAUACGGAAUGAGAAGGUGAAAGUGUUGCGAUCAAUGCGGAAACUGAAGUUGGAAGAUGUCGUCAUCGGUCAGUACAAAAGUCAUGUCAAGGGAGGGGUGAAGUACCCAGGAUACGGAGAUGACCCGACCGUUCCGAAGAACAGCAUUACGCCGACGUUCGCUGCUGCUGCGUUGUUCAUCGACAAUGCCCGAUGGGAUGGUGUGCCAAUCCUGAUGAAAGCAGGAAAGGCAUUACACACCAGAAGAGCGGAGAUUCGCAUUCAAUUCCGGCAUGUCCCAGGCAAUUUGUACAAGAAGCUGUUUGCAACAGAUCUGGAUCUAGCAACCAAUGAGCUCGUCAUUCGCGUACAGCCUGAUGAAGCUAUUUAUCUGAAGAUAAAUAACAAAGUGCCCGGACUGGGACUGCGCUUGGACAAAAGCAACCUGAACCUUCUGUAUUCUGAGAGGUAUAAUAAAGAGAUUCCGGACUCGUACGAGAGACUGAUCCUGGAUGCAAUAGACGGCGACAAGCGGUUGUUCAUUCGGAACGACGAGCUGGAAGCAGCGUGGGGCAUUUUCACCCCCGUGCUGAAGGCAUUGGAAGAAAAAAGGGUUUCACCGGAGCUGUACCCGUAUGGAAGUCGAGGGCCGAUAGGUGCCUACUAUUUAGCAGCCAAGUACAACGUUCGAUGGGGUGAUAUGGGCGACAACUAGUUUUGACCAUACUUGCAAGCGGACGCCGUACAGGCGGUUCCGCACGUGCGGCAGACCGCCGGACCGGACCCGCACGGUGCACGAACUGUCUCUUAUACACAUCUAGAUGUGUAUAAGAGACAGCGGCAAAGCGGACCGGACCGGACGCUCGUCCGGUCCGUCUGCUGGCAAGUAUGGUUUUGACUCUUUUCAGUCCUUUUGACCUUGAUGGCCAUCCCUCGAUGUCUUGCUGCAAACGUCUUCACUAAGGAGAUCGACCAGAUGUGAGUGGUCCUUUCAUGUGUUUUUUUUUUUUUUUCCACACCGAUUUUUCUGUCGAUCCUCGCCGUCAAUAAGAUUCCCCAACUUUGAAAGUGUGCUGGAGGCUUUAUCCGUCUGUAACGGUACGUACGCGUUUCGUACGUGAUUGGAGUUCCACUUUGUCGUCAUUGUUCUUCCUGUCAGGAAAGUAGAAUGUCAAUGUAAUCAGUUAACCAAAUUAGAAUUUUUCUUUUCUGUAGUAGGUGCAAAUUAGAUAGUGAGGAUUACAUAUAACACCCACGUCUUCCUCCCACUUGCGGGAUUGGAUGUAGCUUUCAGGCCCCGUCUCCUUUUCGUUUUUUCAAAAAAUUUAAUUUCCAACCAAGGGGUCACUUAAGUAGGACUCUCGCUGGAUUAGAUCCUUUCUACGAUGAUAGUACUCUAUACUUUCACGGAGUUUUCCCUCUCAGAUUUCUCCCACUGUAUUGCAUCCCCAAUUUCUGUUCUUGGUUCACAUUUGAGAGGAAAGGAACGUCUUUAACUUCU